AAUUCUGACAACCAUGUACUGUAAACGUACACAAACGCGUUUUACUCACGCAGUGGGUAUAAGAUUAAUAUAAAAAUUAAUCUAGGUCAAUAUCGCUAUCAAAAUCGUGAUGCUGUGUGUCCGUAAUCUCCACCCAUUUCCUGAGGUGUGAAGGAUGUCGGCGGAACGCACGGAGAGCGUUCUGUAGCCCACCGCACCCACCGCCACCGGAACGGCAGCAGCAGCAGCGUUCCUGACUGAUUUCUGUUCACAUCGACUCCUGCUUUCUCCACACAGUAUUUCGGGGAAUCGGCACGCAAGCGACGGACCGGUCGAUGGAAAAAGAGAGAAGAUGAUACCGUGAAGAGGGUGGACAUGGAAACCCGACGCUGAGUUCCUUUAAUUGUGACCAUAAGACACCAUGGCCAAACAGUAUGAUGUGCUGUUUAGACUCCUGCUUCUCGGAGACUCCGGUGUCGGCAAAACCUGUUUAUUAUGCAGAUUCACGGACAAUGAAUUUCAUCCCUCUCACAUUUCCACCAUCGGUGUCGAUUUCAAAAUGAAGACUUUGGAGAUAGACGGCAUUAAAGUACGAAUACAGAUAUGGGACACAGCAGGUCAGGAGAGAUAUCAGACCAUCACAAAGCAGUACUACAGAAGAGCACAGGGCAUUUUUCUGGUGUAUGACAUCACAAGCGAGCGCUCGUUCCAGCACAUCAUGAAGUGGGCCAGCGACGUAGAUGAGUACGCCCCUGAAAAAGUGCAGAAGAUACUUGUUGGGAACAAGUCUGAUGAAGAACAGAAGAGACAAGUAGCUACAGAACAGGGAAAUAAGCUUGCCAAGGCUUAUGGAAUGGACUUUUUUGAGACAAGUGCCUUUACCAACCACAACAUUACAGAGUCUUUCACCCGAUUGGCCGAAUUAGUCUUACAAGCCAAUAAGAAGGAUCUUGAUUUGUUGGGAGGAUCCAUGAACGACGAGUUCAGUCUCGCCGUUUUGGAGGAGCAGGAAGGAUUGUGUAAUGUUAGCGACGACGCCAGUAAGUCCUGCUGGUGCUGAGGACAGGAAGUGACUACCUUUUUUUUCCAUAUUUAUGUUACGUUUACAUAUUGAAUUUCAUUUUCCAAAAUCGACAGUUCUUGUUAAACAGUGUUUGGUGCCUUUAAUGGCUUAUUUCCUGCUGAUUCUUAUAAAUAUUAUUUCUUAAUCAUUAUUUAUUUAAAAUUGACUGUGAAUUAGGAUGGAACGUUACAGAUUAUAGUAUAUGUAUAUUAACAUUAUUUUUCUCAGUAGGAAAAACGAGAUCGAAAGGCCACUGCAGUGCAAUUGUACAUUAUUUAUUUAUGCUCAUUCAAGCCACACAUUAAGAGCCAGUCAAACAUUAUAUUUAAGUUAACAUAUAAAAUACAAGUUGAUUAAAAGUGCAAGGCAGCACUGACCAAAUGGUUUAUUUGAAGGAAUAGUUCAAUCAAAAAUGAAAAUGUCCUCCUGAAUAUUUACACACCCUCAGGCUAUCCUAUAUGCAGAUGAGUUAUCAUAACAGGAGAAAUUAGCAUGAUGUUUUAUUUUGAUUUAGCAACACUUGCCCACCAAUGGAUCCUUUGCAAUUAAUGGGUGCCGUCAAAAUAAGAGUCCAAACUGCUGAUAAAAACAUCACAAUUAAUCCACAAGUAAGCAACAAUAAAUGUCUUGUGAGGUGAAAAGUUGUGUGUUUUGUAAGAAACACUGUUUGUAAGUUUAAACUAAAGUAAAAGUUCAUCUGCUAUUGUCUCCUAAAAACAAAAAAAACACCAACACGUUUGGUCUUCUCUUGUAAACAGUGCUUAAUCUGUGCGUAUGUCUCUCUUGAAUUAGAAAAAGCAAUAUUAUGGAUAGUGUCUUAAUGAUGAUUUGUUUCUCUCAGACACGGCUUUCCGUUUUCCAAGAUGUUAAUUGGUGGACUAGAGUCAUGUGGAUUAUUAUGAUGUUUUUAAUCAGCUGUUUAAACUCAUUCCGAUGGCACCCAUUCACUACAAAGGAGCCUCUGGUGAACAGGUUCUGCUAAAUUGAUUCAAAUCUAUUCAGAUUUAAAACAAACUUGUCUACAUCUUGAAAGACAUAAGGGUGAUUUUUAGGCAAAUUGUCAUUUUUGGGUGAACAGUUCCUGGUUAUAUGGCUUUAGCAGCAUAUUCUUUCUUGUGUUUUGUUAUGGGACUUCAUGUGAAUAUUAUUCAGAUCUGAUUCCGCUUUCUAUGAAAUUCACGAAUGCUAAAACCUUGACCAAUGAAUGCCCUUUCAAGGUAAUACAUGUUUUCUUGAAUGAUGAAUUGAUGAAACGUCACACGUCACUGUAACAAUCUAAGCUUGUUUUCUGUAAAAGCACUGUAAAAAAAAAAAAAUACCGUCACCAAACGUGCUGCUUACCAGUUCUGGUCCACUGUGAUUGUAAAUGAAUGCAAGGAUUUUUAUCUCAUUAAUCUGAGGUCACUCACUAAUUUACUCAAAUAGUAUCAUUUAAUGUGGUAUUUUAUACCAGUAGUGCAUCAAGCUCUUUUUUUCCAUCAAUAAUCACUAUUUAGCUGAUUUAGAAUAGUUGGAAUGUUUCAACUUUUACUCUUUAGAUGAUUCUGGAAUCGAUGUGGUUUAAUUUCCUCACAGCGCACAGAAUGAUGUUUUUCUCCUGCUUAAGUCAACAUCACACAAACUUGAGUGAAAUGUAUGCGGACUGAAACCGUUGUGAUGCCUAGCAUUGAUGGCGGCGUUAUAUUGUUAAAGAUUUGAUGUAUAUUACACUAUUGCAGCAUUUUUUGUGUGCAAGUGGUAUUGUACUAUGUUGAGUUAAAUGAACUCUUGAAUAAUGCUGAUAUGUUUACCUGUUGAAAUAUGUCCAUGAAAAGAAAACUGAACAAUUGAAAUGCGUACGUGGUUAUUUAUAUAUAAACUGUAAUAUUGUGAUUCUGUUUAGGGGUCAAAUAGUUAUAGGCAAAUAGUUGAAUAAACAUCUAAUUCCGAAGCGGUUUUCUAUUAUUAUUAAUAUUAUUAUUACAAUGAGAAAUUUGGAUAGAAAUUUCUCUGUAAGUGCGACACCACAAGUUAACACUAGGAGGCAGUUUUGCAAAGCUGAAAUCCUUGUGCUGAAAUGUAUUUAUGCAAAAUAAAACACACUGGCGGGAAAGAAAACGGGACGAUGAAUGUGUUUACAGUGUUAUAUAAUACUCAGAACUGGGGAAUAAACAUUUAUAAAACUUA